UACGCGAACUCCAAUCCAGUCCACGCCACGGCCAAGUGCCCCAACUGCCAACACGCCCGCGACCAAGUCGGCAAGUCGAUCCACCCCUCGAGUAUUUCCCGCAAAAGCCAUGGCGCCUGCUGCUCGCUAGUCUCAGCAAACCACACGCAAAAGCCGCACGCGCCCGGCACACCCAUCACCCAUGGCGGCGCUGCCGUUCUCGCCGCGGCGGCCUAUCUCGGCGCCGUGCUUCCUCCUCUGCUUCCUCCUCGGCUUCGUUGCCGGCCUCUUCCCCUUCGUGCACCGCCACCUCCGCCUCGACCUCCACCUCCCGCUCCCUCCCCCCGUGGCAAUCGUCCGAGAGCCGCCGUCGUCCAAGAACGCCCCGCCGCUCCUGAUCGUCGUGACGCCGACCCGCGUCCGCCCGCUGCAAGCGUACCACCUGCACCGGCUCGCGCACACCGUUCGUCUCGUGCCGCCGCCGCUGCUCUGGCUCGUUGUCGAGGCCGGCCCCGCCACGCGCGAGACCGCCGAGCUGCUCCGCGGCUGCGGGGUCAUGUACCGCCACCUCUCCACCUCCCACGGCGCUCCCCAGGCGGCUCGCCGGAGGAGGCUGGAGCGCGGUGCGCGCCAGAGGAACGCAGCGCUCGACCAUAUCGAGCGCCACCGCCUCCAUGGCCUCGUCUACUUCGCCGACGAGGACAACGUUUAUACCCUUGACCUCUUCCAUCGGCUUCGCGGCAUAAAGAGUUUUGGCACCUGGCCAGUCGCAAUGCUUGCCGUGGGGAAGAGUAGGACACUAGUGGAAGGGCCAGUUUGUGACAACAGCCGGGUGAUAGGAUGGCACACUAAUGAGAGGAACAAGAUGCAGCGAAGGUUCCAUGUGAAUGUGUCCGGCUUUGCUUUCAAUAGCAGUAUGCUUUGGGAUGCCAAGAAGAGGGCCCAUCAGGCGUGGAAUUACAUCCGGCUGCUGGACACGGUCAAGGAGGGGUUUCAGAUUAUUCUUUACUUACGGCCAAAAGGAAGAAUAUAUUUCAAAGUCAUAAUACUAAGUCCCUCCAGCUUAUGCCCGUGUGCACACGGAAAUGGCAGGGCUUUGUUAGGCAUGUCAAGUUGGAGAAUGUUGACGUUCUGCUGGAAUACCUGUGGAUUAGAUGUACAUACGUCAUGCAAAAGGGUGCAAUUACUUUUCACGGAUUGUUUGUAACAAACAGCUAAUUUCAGAUUAGGUGUACAUGCAUCAUACAAAAGUAAUCUGUUAGGGGUUGUCAUUAAAGACCCCAUAUCCUCUGGGCUAGCUAGCUUAUGCCUACGGACCUCAGAUUUCGAAUGUCUUUCGGAUCUUCGAGCUUCAGCGGAGCCCUAGUCUCCCGGAGAUCCAGCCUCCACAAGCAUUGAUAGGCUCUGCAAAGAUCAAGGAGUGAGUCAUCAAGAUUGGAGAAAAAUCAACUAGAGGGGAUCCGCCAACCGUCCUCUGCCUACAAGGAAGUGACCGAUAUUUAAUACCAAUGUAACUGUGAGCUAUCUUGACAUCCCAGGGCAAGUAGGAACCGGUCUAACACCUUUCUAGUGCGGCACCGCAAUAGGCCACCGGCCGAGCACCACAUCUUUCGGCCCACUUGCACAUCUGUAUUUGUCAUAGUAGAUAAUAUUUUCUUAUUAUGGGUAAAUACAUCCUACCUAGACCCAUGCCGUGUGAUUCGACCAGUCCUGGGUUCAUAUGGGAUAGCGAUGGUUUGUAUCAAGUCAAAAGGGAAAAUCUUUGUAAGGGUAUACAUGUAUAUUUACACUCUGAAUGGCACUAUAAAUACAUACCCUUAGCCAUCAAGUCAAAAGGGAAAAUAUUUUAAAGAUCAA